AUGGCACGGAGUAUCAAUUCUCCAGCAUCAAUCGAAAAGAAUAUUCAUACAAUUAUUGAAUCACCUGAUGAAGGCACAGUCAGUUAUGCUGAACUUAUUAAUGAAAUUGGUGACUCAGAUGAUGAUGAAGUGAUGCCAUCUGUCGAUGAAGAUUUUGAAGACUUUGAAGAAAGUGAUGUGACUGAAGAAUAUGAAGAAAAUCCUUGA